AUGCGUGGGCACCUUGGUGCUCCAGAAGACAGCCGCUUCGGUAGCUUGUCCACAGCCAUUUUCAUGGCUGAGCCCCAUUGUCGCUCCGGCGUCAUCCUGGACUUGACACCGACGCCGACGAUACGAUGGCUCGCAAGCGCCGUCAAGGUCAUCUCGGGCUUGCUCAAUGCCACUGCGAUCGGGCAGCCCAAUGGUACAUUUAACCUCUAG